UCUCUAAACGCAGAGGAGACUCCAUUCUAGAAAAACCAGAGAGACAGGAAACCUCUCUCUAAUCCUCUCUCUAGCAAUAAGUGAAGAAGGAGGGGCUUCGAGUACGGAGUCUGCUCCAGCCACAGUCAAAGAGCAGAACACACGAAGGCAACCCUAAUUUUCUGGUCCCUAGACCCACCACAAAGGCAAAGGCAAAGGCAAAGGCAAAGGCAAAGGAAGAUAAAGAGAAAAAGCCUGCCUCCUCCCUUUCCUCACCCGCCAUUGAUGAGCUCUUCCGUGCCCAGUUUCUCAUUCAAAGCGGGCACGGCUCAUUUCCUCUUUCUUCAGUCAUCCGGUUUCGAGAUGGUCGAGCGUUGAAUGCCUCCCCCCGAUCGAUUCCUGAAUCUCUCCUUUACGUCUCUCUCCUCAUUUUUUAAGCAUCUGAUUCGGGGCUGCUAGCUCGAGCUAUAUCCAAUGCACGAGUGAUCAGAUUCGCGCUUCGUUUUCGCUUUGUUGACUUUUCCUCCUCCUCUGACCAUUUUUCCACCGGCUUUCAAAUUGCGGGUCUCUCCCUUCUUCCGUUCUUCGAGAGAGAGAGAGAGAACCGGGUCUGGUAGGGGGGGCUUCUUUCUUUGGUAAGAGGAUGAUCGAGCAUCGCCGCGACUCGGACGGUGAACUCAGCAGCGUCGAGACCUUGAAUUCGAGCCACGGCAGUUCGAUGAGCAGCAGCUCCCGCGGCAGCUGCAGCAGCUUCAGCCGCCUCUCCUUCGACGCGGCCCUGCUCGACCACCAUCACCCCGGCCCCGCCUCCGCCGCCGAGGCCCUCGCCAUAAAGCCGCACCGCUCCUCCUCCGACUCCGUCUACUCCGCCAUGCUCCGCCGCGGCACGCGGCCCGGGUUCCGCGACUUCCGGCUCCACCGCCGCAUCGGCUCCGGCGACAUCGGCACCGUCUUCCUCUGCAGCCUCAAGGGCCGCGACGGGGAUCCGGCGGCGGACGGGGGCGAGCCGCUGUACGCGAUGAAGGUGGUGGACAAGGAGGUGGUGGAGAAGAAGCAGAAGAGCCAGAGGGCGGAGAUGGAGCGGAGGAUCCUGAAGAUGGUGGACCACCCGUUCCUGCCCACCCUCUACGCCGAGUUCGAGGCCUCCCACUUCUCGUGCAUUGUCAUGGAGUACUGCUCCGGCGGCGACCUCCACUCGCUCCGCCACAAGCAGCCCAACAAGCGCUUCUCUCUCGCCGCCGCAAGGUUUUAUGCGGCCGAAGUGCUGGUGGCGCUAGAGUACCUCCACAUGCUCGGAAUCAUCUACAGGGACCUAAAGCCCGAGAACGUGUUGGUCAGAUCGGACGGUCACAUCAUGCUCUCUGACUUUGACCUCUCCCUCUGCUCCGACGCCAUCCCGGCCGUCGAAUCCCCGUCGGCGGCGACGCCGGAUCCCUCCCCCGCCUCGCCCACUCCCUCCCGGCAGGCGGCCACCGCCACAGCCGCCGCCGCCGCCGCCGCCGCCCCCGCCGCCCCGCCUUCCCAUUCGCCGUUCUCCUGCCUCCCCAUCCCCAACCGGCUCUUCCGGUCGCGCAAGAUCCAGAGCCUCACCCAGGGCAGCCGGCUGUUCGUGGCCGAGCCGGUCGGCGCCCGGUCGCAGUCCUUCGUCGGGACGCACGAGUACGUGGCGCCCGAGGUGGCCUCCGGCGGGUCCCACGGCAACGCCGUCGACUGGUGGGCCCUCGGGAUCUUCAUCUACGAGAUGCUCUACGGCCGCACGCCCUUCGCCGGCGCCUCCAACAAGGCCACGCUCCGCAACAUCGUCGAGAAGCCCCUCGCCUUCCCCCGCCCCGACGCGCCCGCCACCGCCCAGGAGCUCCACGCCCGCGACCUCAUCGCCGGCCUCCUCAGCAAGGACCCGGCCCGGAGACUCGGGUCGAGGCGCGGGGCCGCCGACGUCAAGAAGCACCCCUUCUUCAAGGGCCUAAACUUCGCCCUCGUCCGGUCGCUGACGCCGCCGGAGAUCCCCGGCCCAAGGCUGAGACGGCAGCGGACAACGACGGCGGCGGCAACGACGUUUUCCAGGAGACAAGCGACGGCCUUCGAUUACUUCUGAGGGAGGAAGGGAGAGCGGCCGGAUUUCGGCCACGUGUCCGGGCCGGCUAGGACCCGCCAGGUUUUGGGCCCCACUGGCGGUUCGAUAGUGUACAUUUGUUUUCCCUCGUGGUUUAAUCCUAUGUUUGGGAAAGUAGCUUUGUCUAUGUCUUUUAGUGUUUAUCAUGUGUACGAACUACGUGCCUAACUCAAGAGGGGAGAAGUCCUAUUCAUAUAGCUAAUCUAAUAUCAUCAAUAUCAAUAUAAA